AUGGCGCCGUGUUGGAGGAUAUUGCGAGGAAUUAGGUAUCGGUUCUUGCUUGUGGCGGCGAGGAGGCAAUUGUGUUCCCUGGAAUUUCCCAAACGCUGUAAGAUGUUAAUUGGCUUUUCAGGUGUGAUGAGUCCUGAAUGUGGGAAGCUUGACCAGUUCAAGGUGUUCCUGGGGGAGAGCAGUUUAAAUAAGGAUCUCGGGCGUGUGAUGACGGGCGAUUGGGGGUAUUUGGGUGGUUAUACGGAAGAUGAGUUACUGUUGUCGGUACUUGGAUGGGAGUUCAUAGGUUGGUUUGCGUGUAGUGACAGGGAAGAUUCUGCCCAAUGUAAAGGGACAAGAAGUGGCUCUGGCCUUCCACCUGGUUCCAGCCAAGAGUGGCUGUUGGAGCAGUGCCAGACCCCAAUAUUCUCACUAAAAUGGUCUCCCUGGUCAGACUUAAAUUUCAAAUUGGAUGAGAAGACAGCGCACAGUUGCUUGGACCUUUUCAAAAAAGAGACAGGAGUUAUAUACCGUACGAUCGGCAUCGACCCAAGUAAAGUUCCAAAAAACCCUGAGCGCUUCAGAGAGUGGGCUGUGGUCUUGGCUGAUGUGACUCUUUCAACUGGGAAACAUUACUGGGAGGUAACAGUGAAACGGUCUCAGGAGUUCCGAAUUGGGGUGGCAGAGGCAAACAUGUCACGAGAAGAAUGUAUUGGUGCCAGUGAUUGUUCCUGGGUUUAUGCCUAUCUCCGGAGGAAGUGGUACUCCAUGUCUUCCAAUGAGAUGGUACCAGUUGACUUCUUUGGAAAGCCUGAUCGAGUGGGCUUUCUCCUGGACUGUGAAGACAACAAGUUUAGUUUAAUAGAUGUUGAGAAAGUGGCAGUUAUUAGCACAAUAACAGCUGAGUUCAAGAUGCCACUAGUUCCAGCCUUUGCGCUAUGGGAUGGAGAGCUCUUAACACAUUCAGGCAUGGACAUUCUGCAAGGCAUCUGAAUUCCCUCCUGCCUGCCAGUGAAGGUGCCUUCUAUCUGGAUUUCAUUCAGUUUGCCAUGUAAUUUUUAAGGAAAUUGGCUACCAUAGCUCAUCUUUCCACAUAUACACUAUACUUUUGACCUCUCAACAUUCUAUCUCAAGACUGUGUCCAUGUUCUGUCCAGCUGUAAAUGGUGCUAUUAUUGAGAUCCAUGUAAUCUCCUGAGGAUACGCGUGUAACCUCUUUAUAAUGCAGAAGAGAAUUUUACAAUGAGAGGACUUAAAUCUGUUGCUGGCUGGUUCUGCUUCUGGCUUUGUUCAACUCCUUCCACAUUGGAUAAUUGCAUCACCAGCUCUCAAAAUGCCAAGAUGUAACUUAAUUGAGCUCUAGAGGUUGGUAUAAAAAGCCAAGACUAAAGAGGUAAAUGAUCAACAGUGUUGCAUGAAGUUAUAAUUGUAUAUUCUAUUCUCUGUAUUCUAAGAUUUUAAUAAAAUAUGCAUGUAAAAGCA